AUGUCUGGUGCCGUAGGCCGAGAGGCAGUCUUCCCAACUCGCCAGUCAUUGGGGUUGAUGAAGAACAAGCUGAAGGGGGCGGAGAUUGGCCACAGCUUGCUGAAGAGAAAGAGUGAAGCUCUUACAAAGCGCUUCCGAGAGAUCACACGCCGUAUCGAUGAAGCUAAACAAAAGAUGGGCCGUGUCAUGCAGAUUGCAGCAUUCUCAUUAGCUGAAGUGAGCUACGCUGUGGGAGGAGACAUUGGUUAUCAGAUCCAGGAGUCCGCCAAGCAGGCUCGUUUCCGUGUGCGAGCCAAACAAGAGAACGUCUCUGGUGUUCUUCUGCCCUCCUUCGAGAGCUACACGCAAGAUGGUGUCAAUGACUUUGGCCUCACUGGUUUAGGCAAAGGAGGACAACAGAUUCAACGCUGUCGGGAAACGUACGCACGGGCUGUGGAGACAUUGGUGGAACUUGCAAGUCUACAGACUGCCUUCCUGAUUCUGGAUGAAGUUAUCAAGGUUGUUAACCGAAGAGUUAACGCCAUUGAACAUGUGAUUAUUCCUCGAACCGAGAACACUAUCAAAUACAUCAACUCCGAGCUGGAUGAGCUCGACCGAGAGGAAUUCUAUCGCCUGAAGAAGGUCUCAGGAAAGAAGAAGAGAGAUGUUGCUGCUGCAGAUGCUGCGAUUCUUGCAGCCCGCCAAAGGGCAGCCGAAGAGCAAGCAGCGAACCCGGAGGCCGCUUCUAAGGCACCACCUGCCAAAGAAGAAGAGUCGACGGAUGUCCUCGGUGAGAACGAAGACAACGAUGUCAUUUUCUAG